GUAAUAAUAAAUAAAUAACACGUCGGUGCAUGAGACCUUGUGUGCUAGCUAUGUCAUGUGUUGGAGCUGUCCCAAUUCUGUUCUGUACUGUACAUAACUCCAUAAAUUUCCCCCGAAGGUACCUGCAAUUGCCAUAUCCAUCACUUCUUCACAGAAAGCUCUUUCCGAUGGCCGGAAACGCGAUCGAACGCUGCAACAUUCAGCCGUCGGCGGAGGAUCUGCCGACGGCGGAGCUCAUUCUCCCCCUCACCCCCCUCGACCUAAUAUGGUUGUACUUCCACCCCGCCCACCGUCUCCUCUUCUACGAAAUCCCCAGCUGCACCAAAUCCCAAUUUCUUCAAACCAUCGUCCCCAAUUUGAAGCAAUCCCUAGCUCAAACGCUCGCCCGAUUUCUCCCACUCACCGGGAAAAUUGUCAUUCCCGACGACUCCGGCCGCAUGCCCUUCGCAAGAUUCGCCCCCGGCGACUCCGUUUCAUUCACAGUCUCUGAGUCGGAUAAGGAUUUCAACCACCUCGUCGGAAAUCACUCACGAAACGCCGACGAGUUUUACGAUUGCGUCCCUCAGCUGCCUCCGGCGGAGCAGUCCGCCGGCGGGAUUGAGUUCUCUGUACUGGCCGUGCAAGUCACGCUCUUUCCGGGGCACGGCGUGUGCGUGGGCAUCAACAACCACCACGCCAUCGGCGAUGCGAGGUGCACCGUCGAUUUCGUGAAAUCUUGGGCCGCCGUCAACAAGUCCGGCGAGUUCAACUAUUCGGAUCCGGCGCCGGUUCUGGACCGGACCGGGUUCAAAGACCCCGACGAUUUGGGUUCCAUCUUCUGGAAAAUGCAAAUCCAAUACCAAGGCGUUAAAUUCCCAAAGCUCCCAUUCCCACUGAACAAAGUUCGCCGGACUUUCGUCCUCACUAAUGAUCAAAUCAAGAAACUAAAGCAGUACAUUGUCGAAACACGGCCGUGUUUGACGCACGUGACUUCCUUCACAGUCACGUGCGGGCUGGUCUGGACCAGCCUCGCGAGAGCGGAACCGAUCGCCGACGAUGAGCCGGAGUACAUGGUGUUCACCGCCGACUGCCGCAGGCGACUGAAUCCGCCGCUGCCGGAGGCGUACUUCGGGAACUGUCUAUCGAUGUUGUUGGCGGAGACGAGCCACGGGUCGUUGAAAGGCGAGGCAGGGCUCGCGACGGCGGCGGAGCUUCUCGGAGAAGCGAUACGUGAGAUUGUGGAUAACAAGGAGGGGAUUCUCGCGGAUGGCAAGAACUGGCCGGAGAAGUACGGGGGACUGACGGGGAAACGGGUGCUGGCGGUGGCGGGGUCGCCGAAGUUCAGUAUGUAUUCGGCGGAUUAUGGAUGGGGGCGGCCGAGGAAGUUCGAGACGGGGGCGAUUGAUUGGGAGCGGGCUGUAUCGGUGUCGGCCGCCAUGGAUUCCGGCGGAGGAUUGGAGAUCGGACUAUGCUUGAAGAAGGAGACGAUGGAUGCGUUCGCAGAUGUGUUUGAUCGGACGGUCCACAAGCACUCACAUGGAUCGCUGCCCUUAAACCGACAAAAAUGGGGCAAUACAUCGUCAGUUUAAAAUUCAUCCAAUUUAAUCAGUUUAACUAAUUAUUUUAAAAAAACAAAAUAAAUAUUAUAAAAUAAUUAGUUAAACUAAAUAAGUUUUAAACCGAAUAUCCCUGCCCAAAAAUGGACAAGAACGGCUAACAAAAUUGUUGGGAUUCGAUCCCAUUAAUAAAAUCGCACUAUACUUUCUAUUUUUGUAAGCUCUUUUCUUUGCACUCAUCAAAAUUAAUUAUUAUUGUCUUCGAUGAUCUAAAUGUAUAUUUUA